GCGCUCUAUAAAAGUGACAUUAAAAUAACACCUUUAUAUAUGGCUCAAAAAUUUCCCAUUCUUACCCACGACCUCAUAGUGCCAAACAUUCCCUCCAUUUUCGCAAAACCCCGACAAACCCUAGAAGCCCAGUUAACCGUAAUCAACGUCGAUCAAUGACUCCAGAUGAGGCUCUUGACAUUGGAGAUCUAGCUAGACGGUGUGUUUCCAAGCCUUAGUGUGAGAUCUUAAGUAUUAAAAAUUGGAGAUCAUUUUUGAAUCUCCAUUUUGUGACUCUCAUAACAGAGAAUAAGCACUGAAACUCCAUUCUUCUCUUACAAAUUCCACCAACGAGCGACAAAUCAGGAUUCUAUUUCAGUUGAAAAGGAGGUUAGCAUCAGCAAGAGCAUUUUAGCUUGUCCUAUUUGUUAUCAACCAUUCACAUGGAAUGGUAAUCUAGGUUUAUCAAUAGAAUCUAUGUGAGGGUCUAGUUUCCACUAUAGUUCUUGUAAGAAGGCAUGCUUUGGUAAUGAAACACAUCUUGACCUGACAGUAGCCAGUGGGGCCAAGGAGUAUGAUGAAUCCAUGCCAGCUGCAACAGAGAUAUUUAAGUGCAUGACCUUUUGACCCUAUACAAUGAAAUUGAUGUCCCUCCAAAGUGUUUGUUAUUUAAAAUUCCUUCAACUUGGCAAGGAAUAGAGGCCUCAAGGUUGCUGGAAUCUGAGGGCAUACAGACACAUUUGACUUUUGUUUACAGAAUGGAUCCAGAGAAAGGAGAAAAAACCACAAAAAGGAAGUACAGAGGAAUGACACGAAAGUCCAUGAUUACCAAGAACAGAAGCAAAGGGAUCAAGUUGCAGGUUAAGUACAAUCUUGAUGGCAUUUUCAUAGGAGAAUCAGCAGUUCAUCUAACAAGCUAUUUAGGCGUAUUAGCACACACUAUGGUGCCAAUAAGAUAUCAAACGUGGCAUGUUGUACCUAAACAGUUGAAGGAUAAGUUAUGGGAUAGCAUUGAGGGUGCUUUUUCAUUGAAUCCCAAAAGUAGGAGGAAUUGUAUGCUAACCAUUGGAAAAUGUUUUCGAUCAUUUAAGAACAUGCUAACAGUGAAGUACAUUCUUCCUUUCAAAGACCAACCGGAGCUCCUCAAAAAACCGCCAAUUCAAUAUAUUUUUAUUGAGGAUGAAGAUUGGAAAAUGUUUGUUAAAGAUCGAUUGUCUGAUAGAUUUAAGGAAUAUCGAGAAGUUCAAAAAGAAAGAAGAAAGAAACACAUUUAUAAUCACCAUCUAAGUAGGAAAGGAAAUGCUGGUCUUGAGGAAGAGAUGAUGGUUGCAAGUGGGUCAACUGAAAGUAUUGAUCGAAGCAUAUUAUGGAAGAAAGCAAGAGAAAAAAAAGAUGGCACCUUUGAUGAAGUGGCCAUACCAGUGAUUGAAAAAAUAGAUAAGUUGUUGAAAGAGUCUCAAGAGAAUGGUAGGAGUGUCAAUGGGAGUAAUGAUAUACUUGUAGAAGCAUUGGGUACUCCUGAGUAUAGUGGUCGAGUUAGAGCCAAAGGGAAGCACCACAUACCUCGUCAAUAUUUUAAUAGUGCUGUAGAUCGUGCUGUUAGGGAUUUUAUAGCAGCAUCUAAAGAAGAGCAAAGAAACUUUCAAGCAGAAGUGCUAGCAAAACUGUCUCAAGUGGGAGUAGUCACUCCCCAAUCUGAUGUUAGCAGUUCGAACAUGAAACAAAAACAGCUUCUCCUACUAGAAGUAGUGGAGAAGCCAAUCCGUAGAGGUGAAGAUGCAAGUCCACUAGUGCCAAUAGAACCAAAGAACAAGGUUAGAAAAUGUGAGUUGGCUGUGGAGACCAAGGAAAAUAUAGUGGCCGGUGGCACAAUUAUACUUGAAUGUGGUCCCAACUAUCUAGUAGUUGUUGAUGCUUCUUAUGAUUCAAGUGCACCCCUUCCCAUUCCUAUUCCUGGACAAACUACUACUGUUAGGGCUGCAAUUGGUUACCAAGUUUUGUGGCCAGCUCAUUUAGUCAUCAUUCAUACUCUUAUCUCGACAUCCAAGAAAGGAAAGAAACAAAAAGAAAAUGAAGUUGAAGUCAAAUCUAAGGGUGAGAAAGCACAAGAUAUCAAGAAUUUUGAGGCAUUGGUUGGCCUCAUGCUGAGUACCUCAAGAGUACAUCCUGUUGACUUCCCAGAUGAUGUUUUUGGUGAGAGUUUCAAGACCUUCCUAAUGAAAGAAGAUAUGGACAUGAUUAUAUCAUCAAAAGAAGUGUCAUCCAAUUGUAUCUUAUACUACAUCUGGCACCUGCAUAGAAAGUUGAUUGAUGGAAAGCAGGUUGAACAAUAUGUUUUUGUCAAUCCAGCAUUGGUUUCAAAAGCUGGAAUGGGAGAGGGAAGUAAAGAAAACAGGUCAAGGGUCAUUGCGGAUCGACUAAGGAAUGCAAAACAUGCUGAAUAUAUGCUUAUUCCAUACAAUCCAGAUUUCCACUGGGUCUUAGUGUCACUGGAGAUGAAGAGAAUGAUUGCAUAUUACCUUGAUCCAAUGGCUUGUCAACCAUGUGAUGAUCUUAGGGAGAUAGUUAACAUGGCAAUUAGAAUCAACCCACCAGAAAAACAGAAAACAUCAAAGAGAGAGCCGACUUGGGUGAAAGUGGUUUGUCCAAGACAACCAGGUAGUGUGGAAUGUGGGUAUUACGUGAUGAGAUACAUGAAAGAAAUCAUUGCUAAUCCAAACCAACUAACAUCAAAGUUUAAUGGGAGAAAAACAUAUAGUGAAAUGGAAAUUAAUGAAGUUCGCUCAGAUUGGGUUAUGUUAAUGACUCAAUUAAUCAUUACUCAUGUUUGAAGUUGGCAGUGUUUUCAAUAUGGAUCAUCCAAUGGUUGCUCUAUUUUGAUGGAUGUGUAAUUGGCAAAUUGAGAGGUGAAGCCUAGUAGACAUGGU